AUGCCUCGUGUUGUUUCUGUUGCGACAGUGGCAGCAAGAUGUUCGGAACGAAUAACGCUACGUGGAGACGUAUCCCGACUAAACUCUUCAUGCGCAGGUGCAUGGCCGCAUGUGCACUCCAGGUAUGACGCGUUGAGGAAGUUCUUGGUGAAUCAGCAGAUCGGCUCACCAGGUUCCGUGGCUGUUCGCAAAGAGCGUGCUUGCAUUGCGAUCUUGGAGUCCUCUCCUCUCCACGCCAGCAAGGACCCAACUCGUCCUCCAGGGACUCACAGCAUCAUAGCGCAACUCUACAACCUUCAUUCCUCAAUCCCAGGCUCCAUGAAGCCUCAGUUCACAAGCAGCCCUUAG